UUCUGGUUGUCACAUGGAGAGCCUUGGCUCAAUCUGAUUUCCUAAAUGAGGAAGCUGAAUAGGUCAUCUGCAGUGUCCUUGUCAGAAGUGAAGCAGUAAGGACAAGGGGAGCCGACAAAUCAGCAAUAUGAGAAAUUAUCUGAUCCUUGGGCAUCGUCUUUCUAAGGGCUUCGCCACCUCCAGCCAGACUCGUAUCCAGAACAAAGUUCUUGAAAAACAAAAGAUAUUCCAGGCAGACAAUGAUUUGCCGAUUCACACCAAGGGAGGGAUGGCAGAUGUGAUAUUGUUUCGUCUCACAAUGGCAAUCAGCAUUGCAGGAACUUCCCUUUCCCUGUUUGAGCUGUUCAAAGCAUCCAGGCCUAAGCAGAAUAAAUGAGUCUAUAUUGUGAUCCGGAUCAAACUGAGAGCAUGGGGAGGAAUAAAAGCAACUAAACCUUGAAA